UCAUAUCAUAUUUUUGGAUAAAAAGGCUCUAAAUGUUAAAAAUCUUGUGAAAUGACUCAUCUCUCUGCUUAUGGCGGGAACAUAAUGAAAUUACCUAAAGUACAUGAUAUUUUUAAAAUUAUUUUCAGUCAAAUUUCUUUUUGGAGUUCUAAAUAUUAGUAAAAUAUAAAUAUUGAUUUACAUUUUUUGUUUUUCAACACUUGUAAGGAUUUUUUGAUAAUUAAUGUCGCCAUCUGUCGGUGGGAACCUUAAAUUAUCUUGUUUUUGCAUGGGCUAAACUUUCUCGUUCUCCAAAAUUUUUUUGGCAGCUCCGAAUAGUAAUAGUACACUUACUAUUAUUAUUAAUAUUUGCCUACAUAUUUUGUUUUUUUAAAUUUUUUACUGGAUUUUUUGAUAGCCAGUGUUGCCAUCUGUCGGUGGAAAUCUUAAGAGUGCUAGGAUUUGCAACUUUUUCUUUCUCAAAUAUUUUUUGGGAGCUCCAAACAGUGUUAGUAAAAUGUUAUUCAUUUUUAAUUACAUAUCUUGUUUUCCAAAUUCUUGAUUUUUUUAUAGUGUCGCCAUCUGUUGGUGGAAACCUUAAAUUAGCUUGGUUUUGCAUCGGCUAAACUUUCUCUUUGGCGGAGCUUUUGCCGCUGUUAUCUCCUGUGAAUUCAACAGGCCUGCUAGCAGCGCUGUUAAGGACAUAACAACUUGUUGUCCUGCCGCUGUUAAGGAUUCGAAUCGCCCAUUCAAACUCAUUCGUCAACAGACUCUCGUGCGGUUCGGUUCUCAGCCUCUGAAUUCAGCAGCCCAAAUCACAGUCGCAAGUCACUGGUCACUGGUCACUGGUUAAUGGUCACUGGUCGCAGUUCACAAUCGCACAGUUACUGCUUCAGUAUCCGGUUUUCGAAAAUAUUCGAAAGUGCUGAACACACUUUUUUUUUGGUUUUUGUGCUAAGCUAAGAAAUUGAGUAUAUAUUUAUAUAGAGCUUUGGCGGGUGAGCCAAAAGCGUUUUGAAUACCGUUUUUCAAUCCAAGAAACGACCGAGCCGAAGUGAAAGUGUGUGUGGCAAAUAUUUGAAUCCCAUUUGCGUUCCGAAUCGGAGAAGGAUUUAGCGGAGAAAGCUUAAGAGACAGAGAAAACACCGCAGUCAAAGAACCAUGCGUCGCUCCUCGUUCACGCCCGUCUUCAACCUGAGCACCCAGGAGCCGCUGAUCGUGGUGGAGGAGUCGCACACCGCCGAGGAUGGCGACGACCUUGAGGGGGCGGCCGGCGGGUGCGACCCGAACGCCUCCGGCACCCGGCGCUCCAAUAGCGACGACUCCGAGCCGGACUCGCCGGUGAACCCCUACCUGCUCUGCCCCUUCCCCGACAUGCAGCAGCGGCGCAAGCACUCGCUGCCCUCGCUCCAGAUCACCGAGGGCAUCACCGCCAGCCAGGUGCGCCGCCUGUCGGAGGUGGGCGGCGAGACCGGCGGGCUGAGUCCCAAGGAGGUCGAGUUCCUGGCCACGCUCUCCCAGAAGGCCAAUCCCUCGGCCGGCGGACGCCGCCACUCGGUGGUGACCAUCUCGGCGGUGCCGCCAACGCUCUUCGGACGCAACCGUCGCGAGUCCAUUUCCGGUGUAUCCUUCAGUGGCAGUCGCCGGGGCAGCGUGAUCGCCGGACCGCCGCUGACCGACCACCGCGGCAGCGUGCACAACUUGCAGCUGGACAUCAUGGACGGCAUCGUGCAGCAGCGGAAGACGCGCAGCGGCAGCGGCGUUUGGACAGCGCCCGUUCUGCAGGAGGCGGACAGCAAUGUGCCCGUGCAGACAUAAGCGGCGCAAGGACACGCAGGACAGGGGGGAUGGAUGGAGGGCUGGAUGGCGGGAUGGAUUUAUGGAAUUUCUGGAAUUCCUGGCAUGAGAGCAGGCAGAUGGCUGGAUGGAUCGACAGAUGUGCGAUGGAUUGGGUGGACGUGGACACUGGGCAAUGCAAACAAAUGCCCGGAUACUCCGCCACUCGAACUGCAACUGGACCUUUAUUAACAUUCCGUGUAUUUACCACCCCACCCCCUUAUCCCAGCCUCCCCUUCCCUACGAUUUUCCGCCGGGAAAUUGCUUUUCGCGGCUGCCGCAUAAAGCAAACAAACCAACCACAAAACCGCACGAAAAACAGAAAAAAAGAGGAAAAAUUCACACGAAAAAUGUCAGAGAAUGCUGGGCGGGGUGCAGAAACAGUACAGAAAAAAUAAACAAAAAAUUACAAAAAAAAAAGAAAAUAUAAAACUUCGAAAAUGAAAAACUGCAGUUAAACAAAAGAGCGGGAUGGCGAGCCGAG